GAGAGAGAGUACGUACGUAGUAACAUAAAACAAAAGAGGAGAACAUAUAGUAGUUAAUCACCAUGGGAGAAGUGAACAAAGCUCUGAAGCUUCUAAUGGUGCUUCUUCUUCUUCUAGCCUCCUUGUGUUUUGUGGGAGUGAAGGGUUAUGUAGAGGAGCUCCAAGAUGAAGAAGUGGUUAAGGAGAGAGGCGGCGAUGAGGGAGAAGGGGGGAGGAGGGGGCUCUUCAUGCUGGGGAAGGCGAAGAAGGUGGUGAAGACGGCGGGCGGUGAGGUGCGGGUGGUGUCGGGAUUGCGGUGGAAGGGUGAACCUAACCCCAUGCACAUUGGCUUCAUCUCCAUGGAGCCCAACACCCUCUUCAUCCCUCAAUACAUUGAUUCCGACCUCGUACUCUUCGUGAAAAGUGGUGAGGCAAAGGUAGGGUGGAUAUACAAGGACAAAAUGGUGGAGAAGCACCUCAAGAAGGGUGAUGUCAAUGUGAUCUCAGCUGGUUCGGCUUUCUACAUAGUCAACACGGGAGAAGGUCAAAAAUUACACGUAAUUUGUAGCAUCGACACCUCAGAGAGCAUUGGACAUGGGCCUUAUGAGUCGUUCUUCGUCGGAGGAGGAAGAUACCCAACAUCUGUGCUUGCGGGGUUUAAUACCAGAACUCUCACAGCUGCUUUUAAUAUCUCCUCAGAAGAACUAGCCAUGCUCAUGAGGAGCCAAAGAAGCGGCCCCAUCAUCUACAUGAACAGUGAACAAAUGGACCAAUCAAAGAAAUCAUACAUCGACGAUGAUGACGACGACGAUAAUGUCGACGAUGACGAAGACGAUGUUGAGGACGAAGAUGGAACUGCAUUUUCAUGGAGGAAGAUGCUCGGUGGCGGCGGCGGCGACCGCACGAGGGAGACGGAGAUGGGGCGCGUGCGAGCGCCGCACGCGUACAACCUCUAUGCGGAGAAGCCCAGCUUCGAGAACUCGUAUGGGUGGAGCAUCGCCAUUGAUGAGCACGACUACGCACCUCUCAAGCACACGGGAGUUGGCGUUUACCUUGUCAAUCUCACCGCGGGCUCCAUGAUGGCUCCUCACCUGAACCCCCAGGCCACCGAGUACGGCGUUGUGCUCUGCGGCUCCGGCACGGUCCAGGUGGUGUUCCCCAAUGGCUCGACGGCGAUGAGCGCCGCGGUGGAGGAGGGCGACGUGUUCUGGGUCCCGCGCUACUUCCCCUUCUGCCAGGCGGCGUCCCGGCGCAGCGGCCCCAUGGAGUUCUUCGGCUUCACCACCUCGGCCCGCAGGAACCGCCCGCAGUUCCUCGUCGGCGCCAGCUCGGUGCUCCGCAGCAUGCGCGGGCCGGAGCUCGCGGCCGCGUUCGACGUCGGCGAGGAGCAGCUCAAGGAGAUGGUCAGGGCCCAGAGAGCGGGGGUUAUACUGCCCUAUUCUGCAGAUCAAGAGGAUAAAAAAGGAGAGGGGGAGGUGGAUGAUAUGCAUGGGGGGUUUAUUAUUGUGUGAUGUGGUUUUGGGUGUUUUGAUUAGGUUAAUUUGUGGCUCUGUUUUUGUUUGUUUUGGGGGGUGUUUUU